UAGAAAGGUGUGGCGCUGCAGUGUUUUGAUACGUGGAAAUUGUCCGAGGACGCCGAGCAAAGCAAAGCAGCACGAGCGGCGCGUUUGGUUGGUCGCGUCGCGCUGCACAGCACCCGGUCUUUGAAAGCUACCACCCGGCGCGCGCGCGCGCCCGCGACGACGACGAACACCACCACCAAGAAGCUCUCUCUCUCUCUCUCUCCUUUGCUUCUCCUCUAGGCGAUUGCUGCGUCGACGACGGCCAUGGCGGACGGCGCGCGGGACGCCGUGGUGGAGGUCGCGAAGCACAUGGGGAAGAGCCUCGCGGUGUCCAAGAACGCGGCCGAUGACAUGAUGCGCGUUCUGUCCAGGUACGAAGGUGAGGCGCCCAUGUUCCCCUUGUCACAUCCGGAGGUGGAUCAGGCGGAGGAGGAGGAGGUGUUCGCGGCGGCGGAGGACAUCAUCCGCCGGUGCAACUCGGUGUCGUCGCCGUCCGAGAUGGUUGAUUAUCUUUACGCCGUGGACGACGCGAUCGCCGCGACGGCGCUCCAGGGCGAGCUGGCGUCCCGCGCCGCGGAGACCGUGCAGGCCGCCAUGCCGCGGCUCGAGGAGGAGGUGCGCGCGCUGCUGGGCUCCUCCGCGCGGCGCCUCUCGCUCGACUCGUUCGAGGACCUCGACGACGCGGGCGCGGCGACGACCCCCGACGGGUCGCCGCCGCGCCGCGACGCGCUCUCGCCGGAGGCGGCCGCCUCCGCCAGCGGCGUCGCGGACCGCAUGCUGCGCGCCGGGUACGGCCCGGAGCUCGCGCAGGUGUACGUCGCCGUCCGCCGCGACGCGCUCGCGGAGUCCGCGGCGCACCUCGGCGUCGAGGCCGUCGCCAUCGAGGAGGUGCUCAGGAUGGAGUGGGGGGUGCUCAACCAGAGGAUACGGCGGUGGAGCCACGCCGUCAGAGCCGUGGUCAAGACCCUCCUCGCCGGCGAGCGCCGCCUCUGCGACGAGGUGUUCGCCUCCGACGAGGAGCUCGGCCACGAGUGCUUCGCCGACGUCGCCAGGGGCUGCCUCCUGCAGCUCAUCGGCUUCGCGGACGCCGUCGCCAUGUCCACCCCGGCGACGGAGAAGCUCUACCGCAUGCUCGGCAUGUACGAGGCGCUCACCGCCGUCGAGCCGGACAUUGAAUCCCUCUUCACCGGAGACGCCCGCGACUUCUUCUCCUCCGAGGUCGCCGGCGUCGCGGCGCAGCUGGGCAGCACCAUCCGCCACACGAUCGACCAGUUCGUCAACGUCAUCCACGGCGAGUCGUCGCGGCGACCAGUCCUCGGCGGCGAGAUCCACCCCAUGACACGCUACGUGCUCAACUACUGCGGCCUCCUCGCCGAGUGCCGCGUCACGCUCGACAUGGUCCUCGCCGACAACAACACCAGCAACCACGACACCAACGACGACGACCACGACGGCGGCGGCGGCGGUGGCGCCUCGUCGACGCCGUCGGGGCGGUGCAUGAGGGAGAUCCUCACCCACCUCCUCCGCAACCUCGACGAGAAAUCGAGGCUCUACGACGACGCCGGGCUGAAGAACAUCUUCCUCAUGAACAACAUCUACUACAUCGUGCAGAAGAUGAUGGUGGAGUUCCCGGCGCUGCGCGAGCUCCUCGGCGACGACUGGGUGCGCCGCCACCGCGGCCAGAUCAGGCAGUACGAGACAGGCUACCUCCGGGCGUCGUGGAUGUCCGUGCUGGCCUCGCUCCGCGACGACGCCUCGCCGGCGGCGGCGCACGGGCACGGCGGCAGGGCGGCGCUGAAGGAGAAGGCGAGGAGCUUCAACGCGGCGUUCGAGGAGCUGUACCGGAGCCAGACGGCGUGGAAGGUGACCGACCCGCAGCUCCGGGAGGAGCUCCGGAUCGCCGUGUCGGAGCGGCUCAUCCCGGCGUACCGCUCGUUCGUCGGCCGGUCGAGGCAGCUGCUGGAGUCCGGCAGCAGCAGCGGCCGCCACUCCUCGUCGGCGGCGAAGCACAUCAAGUACAGCCUCGAGGAUCUCGAGGACUACAUGCUCGAUUUCUUCGAAGGCGUUCAGAAGUUCGUCAGGUGAUCACAAAUUCAGAGUUUCGCAGAAUUUUCUGAGAGUUUCAGAAUUUCACAGAUUCAGAGUUUCAGAUAUUUCAGAGCAGAGGAGCUCUGCUUGACUUGUAGAGAUUCAGAGUUUCAGAGAAUCAAAAGAACAAAGUACUCCAUUGCGUAGCCAAUGCUUAUAGUUGUAGCUAUUGAUUGCUGAUCGAAUCUAGCUUAUGCUUAAUGUUCAAUAUUGUUCAAGAUAAGAAUGUAAAUACAUAAAAUUCAGGAGUGUAUAUAUGGAGCACAUUCAAUUCAUAUUUGGUUUUGUCA